UAAUUUACUUAUAAAAUUUUAUCGAUUUUGGAACAUAGGCUAUUUUAAGCUUUAACCUAGCAUGGAUUCAUUGAAUCAAACGCGCGUACUCCAAGUCAAGCUGGAAAGCAAACCAUUUACCGCACAUUGCUCGUAUAACUUGAAAGUAGACUCACCUGAAAGGUCUAGGACUAGAUCUAGAUUGACUAGAUCUAGAUCUAUCUAGUUCUAGAUCUAGAUUCUAUUGAGAUUCACGUACAGUGCUUCUUGUAUGAGUUGGUUUGCAAGACAAGUUACUGAAUAAAAACUUACUUGAUAAUAAAAAGAGUUCAAACUUAACAUACAGGUCAACAGUUUGGAUAGAAAUGGAUAAAGUAAAGAUGCACUGAUGUCAAAGGUGGUGAUGCCACCAUUAGUUGAAAGAUAAGGAAGAUCUACUUGUAAUGGCUAACUGUGGACAGCAUACACCCAGCUUGCACUAAUGGCAGAUGUUGUCAAUCCCUUGAAUGCUGUUACAGCCAACAGACAAGACUCUGGAAAUGUUGUCACCCCAGAGUCUCCAGAUUCAAACAUCUUGUCUCCUACCAUCAAGGAGGCCAUGGACUUCAUAUUGCCCAAGUCGGCAACACAACUUCUUCAGCAGGGGCUGUCAUGUGACCAACCGAACCAUAUGCAGAACCUGCCAGAGACAGUCUCUAAUAUGCUUCCCAAUUCAGUGGCCUAUGAUGCUCCAUACCCUUCCAAAACAACUGGACUAAUCACACCUGCCAGCGGAAAAAGAUCUUGUGAUCAGCAGGCAGAGUCUCAUUUUAAUAAUCUCAAUGGCUCUUCAAAUGAUGGUCAGAAAAAAAUCAAUAAGAUUCGUAUUUCAAAAGCAGACCUUGAAAUCAUAACCUCAGCUAGUGAUAUUAGGAUGAAUGAUUUGUCUACGGAAACAGAUAGUGACCCAGAGGACAUGACUAGAUGCUUUAAAAAAAGGAAGCACAAAAAAAAGAAGAGGUCACCGAAAACCAGCCCCGAAAGAGAAAGCUCUAUCCUGCAUAAUUCUAUUUUGGAAGAAGACCCAUCCUCUGUCAUGGGCCAUAAACUUGUAUCCGAGUUAAAUGUUAAAAGCUUAACUCAACCUUUAACUUCAAGAAACAAUGAGUUGCAAGGUACUCUCUCAGUGACAGAUUCUUCUUUUGACACAAGGCUGCACAGCAGUGGAGACAAAGAUGGCAGUGGUCUUCGUGACUGCCAAAAUAGUUUUGGGAAAACUAUGCCAAAAAAUGGUUUCUCUGGUGACUGUGCAAUAGGUGCCGAAGAUGUCUCCAACUUUUCUACUUCAUCAUCAAAAGAAAAUGUUUUAAGUCAACGAAAGCCUUCUGGUCAGUCGCUGCCUAGGACUAAACGCAUGGAGUAUAAUAUAAUAAGACAUAAGAGUAAAAUCAAGAAUACAUUCCUGCCUUGCUUUGUUGUUCUAAACAAAUGUGCGGACUCAUUCAAAGUUUCCAACAGCCACUUUGACUUCAGCUCCAAUGAGCUUCCUUUGUCAAUCAGAGUUAAGUAUCUUCUAGAAAUGUGCCGCAAAGGGAAAAUUGACUGUAAGAAGAGGCGAUUGAAAGGAGUUUUCAUAGUAGACAAGCCUGUGUAUAAAAACAUCUUUGAAGAGAACAUUUUGAUGGGUGCUUCUGAUGAUGAGUUUGAGAACACCCGCAGAAGCUUGAGAAAACGUGUAAAAAAUAUCAGUUACGUGGAACCAACAGAGGAUGACAUUGUGGAUGAUUUUAAAAGAAAGCGAUCACGUUCAAAAGCCAAAGAGUCUGGCAGUGGUCAUGACACAGACACGUCUCAGGAAACCAAGAGGAAGAAAACUAGUAAUAAUUCUGAAGAGCCCUGUAAAAAUACAGAAAGUGCAGCAAGCAAGCUUGAACAAAUGACUUAUACUAAAGUGGGUAAAAGUGCUAAUGAAAUUAUUGUAUUCCCCAAAAUCCCCAUAGCAAAAGACAUAAUCAAAUCUCACAAAGCAAAUGAAAAUGUGGAAGAUAAGCUGAAAAGUAAGAUUGUGUCCAACAGAUCAAACCCACCUCUGCCUUUUGAUGCCAGUACAAGUUCACUUCGUCCGUUAAUGGCUAAAAGUCCAGUGGCACCAGCACCAGCCCGCGUCUCUGUUUUUUCAGGUUUUCCAAGACAAAGAUUGUAUUCGCCUCCAGCGGGGCCUAUUUUUCCCAUUAAUGCACCUCAGUUUUCUACUGCUGUAACAGCUCUCAGCGCUGUUCCGAAUAUUUCAUCCAUAACCACACUUUCCAACCCAAUGGUGAGUUCAUCUCAGCCUAUACCUAUGCAGAAGCAUCCACCACAGUAUUGUGUCAUGAAGGUGGAUGGGAAAGAUGUCUUGCUGCAGCUGGUGCCCAGUGGUGUUGGAGGGUCAGUACUGUUGCAAGGGAACAAAACAGCUCCCCUGUUAAGUCCACCAUUAAGGUCAACGCCACCUAUCUCCACCCAGGCUAUCCCAGUGCCUGUAUGUGCAGCUCAGGUUCCUACAGUAUCAUCUGGUCUGUUUCCUUUGUUAGGACUACCAUUGGUCAAUCAAAGUGUUAGCUCAACAAAAAAUAAUAUUCCUUUAUCAGGAUUCCCUGUGAUAUCAUUUGCCAGUGGUAGUGGUUUUACCACUCCCUUAACAGCCAGAACAACAUUGACCUCUGCAACGCCACUGGCUCAUACCUCUGUUCCUUUAAAAACCACUACUUCAUUAGUUUCAGUUGUUCCAUCUACUGGGAUGGUGACAACUUCUGUCAUCCGAACCACUAAUUCUACCUCAGCUGUGUCAUCUAUUCUUUCUACGAUGGGAGCGCCUGCUUCAAAGGCCUUGAGAUCAUUUGUUGCAGAUCAGAUUAGACCCGCUGUUGUCCGACCAGAUCAGGUAGCAACUUUGGUUGCUCCGGGACUGCGAGCUGUAGUUCCAAACCAGACAAGCUCUCUUCGCUCCAUUAGAAUAUUUGUGCCUGGCUGCACGAACACGGGCACACCAGGACGCUUUGCAACGCUAGGGAGCAUUGCCAAUAGCAGUCCUCUGACAAGGUUGUCUGCUAGCAGUGAUCUGUUACCUCAGCGUAAACAGUCACAUGAUCAUGAGUUAACCCCAGAACAGAAGGCUGCCAAGCGGAGAAAACUGGAGAAGAAAUACCCGCUUCCUCCCGGUGUUGUGAUCAAAACUGAACCCCUUGAAAGCCACCCUCCACCCACAGUGACUACUGCUGUCCGGUCUUUGUUAAGCCCAAACAUUCAAUUGGUAUCUUCCGUGUCGAGGCCAGGAACAACUGUCAGAAUUAUUGUCCCUUCUGCGGCCAAUUCUGUAGCAAGUGGCGUUCGUGGAGGUCAAAACAUUGUUUAUCGUGCAUCCUCCGGAGGAAGCCAGACUGUGUUGACAACUCUUGGAAAUUUGACAUCAAUUGUUUCUUCUUUACACUCACCAUCUGCAGCUAUAGUUUCCUCCGUUACCACUACAGCUACUAUUGCCUCGUCCAGCUCCACACCUCAAAACCUGCCUAAACAAACUAACAGUUUGGAAUUCAGCUCCCCUUCAUCAUGUGCACCUACUCUAACCAGCCAGUCUCCUGGUAUUUGGAGCCCAGCGUCAUCCUUGUCGGAUAAUUCAACCAAAACUUCUGGGACAACGUCGACUUUGACCUCAAGUGUGGAGAGAUUACCAGCUGAGAAAUCUUUGACCAAAGAAAGGCUGGAGGAACUGAAGAUGAGUUUAAUUAAAUUCAGAGAGCUUGUUAGUAAGCAAGAAACUCUAGGACUCAAAGGGGAACGCCUUGACAAAUUAAAAGACAUUCUCUUGAUAAAAGAGAUGGAGCUUGAGAAAAUGCAAAAACAGCUUGAGGCUGAUUUGAAUACUUCAGGUGCCGUUUCACAAAGUGACUUGAAUUGCUUAGAGGAUGUUUCACAAAGCGAGUUAAAUUGUUCUGCUGCUACAUCACAAGAGGAAUCAAAUUCUUCACCUGAUGUGUUGCAGAGUACAUUAGCUGACACGUCACAAACUGGUACAAAUUCGCCAGUGGACCUGUCAGAAUCUGUAAAUACUGUCAUAAAUGCAGAGAAUAUGGCAGCAGCAAAUGAUCAUCUAGGCACUGAGGAUGAACCCUUUGUUAUAGAUUAAUUGUUAUUUAUAAACUAUUCUUUAUAUAUAUAUAUAUCAUUGUUUAAAUACUGUACACAUGAAAAUAAGUUUUGAACACUUUUGUUUGUAGUUAGGAGUACAUUAAUAAUUUGUUCCCAACUUAGCUGUAUAGUAGGACCCAUUGUAUUUUGUAUACUGCUAAGCAAUAGGCAAAUAUUAAAAAAACACUGCAUUCUCCAUUAUGUAUUUAAAAGAAAUUGUAUCUAAAUGGAAAGACAUUUGAGACUUUAGCUGUGUUUGAAUGUUCUUGUGUCAGCUUACUUUAUCCAGAGUAAGAAUGUCUGGUUGUGUGGUAUGUUCUCUGGACUGUCAUAUUGAUGGUACUGGGUUCCAACCCUGCCUUGGGCCAUCCCCUUUGGUCUUGCAGGAGGUUUGGGCUAGGAUGCUAUAAGGUUCAAAUUUGAAAGAAUGUCUAAAACACUUAAAACAAUGAGUCAGUAUCGAAGGCCUCAACAAUUUUGAGCUACUCUGAAUUAUUUAACAUUUAAAAAAUUUGAUCUUGCCAGGAGUAAUUACUAACAUUUCCAGACUCAGACUUAGUAUUUCUCUGUUUUCUCUAGACUGACAAGUAACAGCUCGAGUUUUUCUUCACCACUAGUGUUAUCAAUGAAAAAUCAGUACCUAAACAUACAGACUCCAUCCUGGGUUCAAUUGUAAAAGUAGAUAAAUCAUUCGAAUAAUUUCAUUUUAAAUCUUUGUGAGAGUUUCAAUAGAAAUGAUAUGACUCAAUGUGCGCCAAUCAUUUCUCCAAGAACCUUUCUAAUAAAGUAAUUAUCCUUGUGUCUUACAAAAUAUUAUUACCUGCUGCUUGAGUAUGAGUGUUAUUUAUUUGUAAAUUGUGAGUGGCAUUUUUGUCAUGCUGGUGACCUUUAAUUUUUGUUGUUUCAUAAGGUAGAAUUCUUUUUUGUGUGUGCCUAGAUGCCUAGUCUUAAUUCCUAGUCUGAUACAAAUUUAUGUUACAGAUGUUACUUGUAGAAAGAUGUUUCUUGUGUCCUUCUGUCAAACUCCAGCAAGUGCUUAAGUACAGUCAAUCAGAUUUAUUAUCUUAUUUGAUUGAUUACCACAUGGGCCAUGAUCAGCCACUAGAGAUACAUAUAUAUAUAUAUAUAUAUAUAUAUAUAUAUAUACACACAUUUUUGUUAGGCAGGUCUUUAAAUUGUGUAAACACAUUAAAUCUCAUAUUAAUUUAAUGUAUCAACCUUUACACUGCCUUGCUUGUUGAAACAACUGUUGGAAUUGGAUACAUACACAAAAACUAACUCUGUUAUAGAUGGCCUGCAGGUCCUCAAAGUUAUAAACUGCACAUCAACACCAUUAAGGGCCAUGUUGUUUUCAGUGUGUAUUGACAGAAUGAGAUGUAUUUUAUGUUUAUGUAGACUUGCUGAGCAGUAGAAACAACAUAUUCUCACUGAUAAUUAUAUUAUUUUUUUUAAAUUCUUAAAAUAAAACUUAGAAUUUAAUGCCCUAGAAGGGGUUGUUUGUUUUACAUGUUUCAGAUGUUCCUUCAGAGUUGAAGAUAGUUUACUUCCUAGUCCAAACCUCCUGCAGGACGACAGGGGGAUGGGAGCGGUCAGGGUUUGAACUCUGGACCAUCAAUAAAUACAAAACAGUCCAGCGCGCAAACCGCACAACCAGGCAGCCAUCCCUAGGAAUCCAACAUUAACUUAUCAUUUUUUAAACUAUUUCUAUGUAUAUAUAUCAGCAGAAAUACUGGUCAGUGGCAUGGAUUAUUCUAAGAUAUAAAAAACCCAUCAGUUUUAAAUUUGUAUAUCUACUAGUCCAUGAGUAGACCUUUUUGACUAGUUACUCAGCAAUACAGAGAAAUAAAGGUUAGUGUUAUUUUAAAUGUUAAGCUUAAAAAAAAAAAGUCUUUACUAUAAGUUUUUUUUUCUCAUUUUCCCCAUAUUUUAAGAAUCAGGCUACAGCCUGGGUCUAUCUUGUAGAUAGUCUUGGGAAUCAGGCCACAGCCUGGGUCUAUCUUUUAGAAACAAAAAUUUCAUCAAAUAAAAAUAAUAUCUUAUCUUUCUCCAUUUUCUUCUAAGUGUAAAUCAAAUAGAUUAAUUUUAGAAAACUGGCUGACUUCUUAAUUAGCAGAAUCUCUAUGUUUAGACAUAGUUGUGUACUUUUUCAAGAAAAACUAGCCAAAUUUGAGGUCAUUUUAAAGAAUUUAGUUUAUGGCUGGGGCUGCUUUUUCAUUAAGAUGGUCCAAAUAGUGAAGAUGGGAGGUGCGGUGGUCGAAUGGUUAAGCACUUGGCUUCUGAACCUGAGGUCCUGGGUUCGAAUCUCAGUGAAGACUUUAAUAUUGAAUUUUGGGAUUUUUAGGGCGCCCCUGAUUCACGCAACUCUAAUGGGUACCUGACUUUAGUUGGGGUAAGUAAAGGAGGUUGGUUAUUUUGCUGGCCACAUGACACCCUGCUCGUUAACCGUUGGCAUAAGAAACAGAUGACCUUAACAUCAUCUGCCCAUAGAUCGCAAGGUGUGAAAGGAAAACAGUGAAGAUGCAUGAACUUAAUUUUUGACUUAACCUUGAUCUAAUUUUUUGAACCUGUGUUUGCUCUAUACCAUGGAGAUGUUUUAGAAAAUUCAAGCUAUAUGUUUUUACAUACUAGGUACUAGGUACUUCCUAGGUUUUAGUAUUAUUUCAAGUUCCAUUGAGAUGGAUCAAACAAUUUAAUUUGAUCCACGAACAGAGACAGUUUUAGUUUAUAUCUAUUAUUUACAUAGAUUGUUUCGUACCAUUAUUCUAUUUAUUCUCCAUCGAGGGUAUUCCAUUGUGAGUGAUGUUUCAUUUAAGAAGUUUUGAAUGACAUGAUGUAAAGCAUCCCUCUUUUUGUGUAUGAUGAAGUUUGUCCUGCUGCUUUCUCUCUUUUCUCCACAAAUAUCAGGCUUCCAGGGCAGUCUCAGAGUUUGCCUUUACAAUCAUACUUAAUCCUAGUCCUCAGCUAGAUUUGAACUCGGCUCAUAACAUCUAUGCCACUAUGCUCUGAUUCCUCACUAAGUGGUAAAUUAACAGUUAAUCUACUGUUGAUAAUAAUGACAGCAAGUAUUGGUAGUACUUACUUUAUACUUUUUGUUGUCAAAAUUGUUGGUGGAAAAUUAUUGGUACACUACUGUAUGUUUCUAGCAUGAUUUUAGCACCUGGAGCUAGUUUUUAAAGUUUCAAUAGCUAUGUUAUACUGUUUGAAUUGUGUGUCUAUAUAAGGUUAAGAAACAUUAUGAACUUAAUGAAAAAAUCUCUCAAUGUUACAUUGAAGGAGAAAUUAUACAUUUGGAAAUGGAUGGGAAAAAAAUGUAGCUUUUCUCUUGGAGUUUAUCAAAAUAGUUGUCCAGUCCCUUGGUUGUUCUUUUAAACAAAAGUCCAUUAUGCAAUGGAAAAGAUACAUAGGAAGACAUAAGAUACAAUAGGAAGACAUAAGAUACAUAGGAAGACACAAGAUACAAUAGGAAGACAAGAUAUAAUAGGAAGACAUGUAAAAAAGUAUAUUUUAUUUUAUGUGCUUCAAUGUUGAUACAACUAUUGUGUGAUUAGUUUUGGUAAUUUUUUUGUGUGCCACUGUUCGUUCUCCAGUUACUGAUGACAAGGCUGAGAUUUGCUGUUGUUUUAUUCAAAAGAGUAGCCCUACUAACUACCACUUUUUAUGUUUGUACAGAGAUAAGCUCUAUUGCUAUUGUUUUGUCUGAUAUAAUAAACAUGUUAUUUGAUGAUGGACAACUG